AUGCUUACUACCAAUACACGGAGAGGCCAGUUUGCAAUAUACUCUGUGUGCACCUACGUGGCCACGGUCUGGUCUGUGUACAGCUGCAUUGAAUCUAGUCGGUCGUUUCUUGAAGCGACCCUAAAACUAUGCGAAGGUAUAAACCUCGUGAUUAUCGGGAAUUUUGUAUUGGUAAAUGGUGUUCUCUUAUGGAACGGACUCACAAGGUUGCUGUUCGGCGAGCUUCGUCUAAUUGAAUAUGAACAUAUCUUUGAAAGGCUGUCGUUUACAAUCGUGAACAGUAUUUUUGUCUCGUCGAUGUUUAAAGAGCAAGAUUUCGUCACAGUGGUAUUUUUCACAGCGAUCCUAAUCUUCACCAAGGUAUUCCAUUGGAUCCUUAAAGAUCGCCUGGAAUAUGUAUUUCAAACAACAAACGAUGAUACUACUGUUUCCGACCUACUCCGCUCCAAGUUCUUCAUAAAUAUGAUAGUCCUUGCACUUGUGGACAUCCAAAUAGUGAGAUACUGUUUGAAUAAUUCGAUGGCUUGGAAUAGUCACCAGCCUGCCAGCCCAUCGGUGUAUUUGAUGUUUGGAAUUGAGUUCUCGACUUUAUUGGUCGACGUGGUAAACGUAGCUCUACAUGGCGUGAUUAACUUGGUGGAGUUACAUACCUAUAACCAAGCCCGUGAGGCUGAUGUCGAUGAGUUUACCGGGCUAGAAGGCAAAUUCAUGUACCAAAAGAUAGUUGAUAUCAUUACCAGGUUUGCAAAAAUGUUAUUCCACAUCGUUCUCUUGAUACCAUUUCAAAUGCCCGUAAUGAUUGUGAAAGACGUAAUAUGGGAUAUUGUCGCGCUUUUCCAAAGCAUCAAGUCCGUUUGGAAGACCUGGAAGAAUAAUAGACAGCUAGAUCAAAAACUCCCCGAUGUUACGGAAGGACAGCUCGAGGCCACGGAGAACAAGAUGUGCAUUGUGUGCAUGGAUGACAUGCUGCCACCUCAGGAGGCUCAAGUUUCAAAUCAAAAGCCAAAGCGCUUACCUUGCGGUCAUUUCUUACAUCUAGGAUGUCUAAAAAGCUGGAUGGAACGGUCGCAGACGUGCCCUAUAUGCCGUCUACCUGUUUUUGACGAGCAGGGGAAUGUAUAUGCCCAACCAACAACUCCUGAGUCUGCUCAGCGCGAAAAUCCAGCAACUUCUAACGAUCAGAAUACCAACCCCGUUCCGAGAGCUUCAAACGAGGGUACAGAAGGUGACGUAAGUUCUUCGGACAACGCACCUGUUCUUGUUAACAUUGAACUACCUUCAGAUUGGUACCCUUUCCCAAGAGAGGCAUCAUCAGACAAUUCGGAACUAACUUUCAAGUUGACAGACUUAGAUGGAAAAGAAAUGCAAGCAAGACUACGAGUUUCUGAUACACCAGAUAUCCCCAAUGAGGAUGAGUCUGGCGCUACACACACAAUUGUGAUUCAUGAAAGUGAUAUCGAACAGAGACAGGAGAUAGAAACUAUGAAGAGGAAAAUCUCGGAAUUGGAAAGCAAGGUCGAGGAGCUCACGAAACGUGCAAGAAAUGAAUGA